GCAGGUUUAAGUAGUUUUAAUUUGUAUCCAUUUUGGUGUUUGCCUUUAUACAUUGUACUUACUUAAUUUAGGAAUAAUAAGUAAGUUAGUUGUUUCACGGUUUAAAAAGGUGAGAAGUUCUUCUAUAAGUACAGAAAAAAUUAACUUAGUAGCUGUUCGCUAUGUCAAAACGGACGGUCGUGAAUGAGGAGUACAAGGGUCUGGUGGAGGCGUUCCAGAUCCCGGCGGAACUGCAUGAGCGGGACGGCAAGAGGUUCGCCAGCAUGGGCUCCGUUCUGCCCAUACACUGCGCCACGCCGGACCAGUUGGCGGAGAGAGCACAAACAACCCACCACUAUUGCGACGUAUUCACAGACGAUUUGCUUGCGCCACUCGGCGAAUUGGCCUACGUGCGCCUCGACGAAAAUGUGGCCGAAAAGGUGUUCCUGAAUCGCAGCAAGCGGAUCCUGCUGAUAUCCAGCGACGGCAGGCUGGCUCAGUGGCGGUGCGCGCCCACCUUCGAAUCAGCCAACCGCUACAUUGCCGGCGCGCCUAUCGUCAACAAGGACGGCGCGCUGGUGUCCGUGGUCACCGCGCGUCGGGGCAACCACUACGCCGUAUCGGCUUUUGAGGGCGAUGGAGGUUACUUCGCAACCACCAAAUCUUGGGAUGUCGUAGACCAGGAACAAGGCAAAUUUUUCUACGGCGACAGAAACUUCUCCACGCGCGAGGAGUUGAAGGAAUAUAUCAAGGCACUUCCACCAGUCAAUGUCACCCCCGAGGCACAACCAAAACCUGUUUUGCUAAGGGGGAAGACCCCCAGGAUUGCUUUGGUUACGGAGGACGGAAACCAGCUCUCACAUCACUAUCUAUGUGGGGUGUUGACUGACGUUGAGUAUUUGUAAACUAAGAGAAGUUCAGUUUUAGGGUACAAAUGUUGUAUUUCACGAAGACCGUUUGGUUUUGUUUGUUUGAGUGCACACGGACACAUAUACUUAGUUAUAGUGUGCGUAACGCUCAGUUUCGACGCAACGCGGUUUUCGUUGCGCACACAAAUGCGUUAACGCUUAUCGGUACACUCAAUACUACAGCCAAGGCUGAGUCGGUCGUCGUCAAAUAAAACAUCUUUAUUAGUACAAACAUUUUGUUUAUCACUACGGAAAUUUAGUUUGACACAUGUAUAGUGCGCGACAGGUUGGAAUUACAACCGGGUUGGUGACGCCCCGCACAUCAGCA